AUGGCGGAAAAUCUAGAACUGAGUCUUUUAUGUUCAGAGACCAUCAACGUUGGUGAUGAUGACAUGAUUUUUGGUCGUGAAGUUUCGAAUUUUCAGAUAGGUUUUCCAUUGGAGAGCGAAGAAAUUAUCAGAGAGAUGAGGGAGAAGGAGAAGCAGCAUUUGCCAAGUGAUGAUUACAUCAGGAGACUCAGAAGUGGAGAUAUGGAUUUCAAUGCCAGAAGAAGAAAAGCCCUUAACUGGAUUUUUAAGGCUUGUGAGGUGCACCAGUUUGGACCAUUGUGUAUUUGCUUAUCAGUCAACUACUUUGAUCGAUUCUUGUCGGUUCAUGAUCUCCCUUAUGACAAAGCUUGGACAAUGCAGUUGUUGGCUGUGGCUUGUUUAUCACUGGCAGCCAAACUUGAAGAAACUUAUGUCCCAAGGUUAUUAAUUGAUCUUCAGGUUGGACAUCCUGAGUUUCUGUUUGUGGCUAAAUCAAUCCAAAGAAUGGAACUUUUGGUGGUGAACAGAUUGGAAGGGAGAUUGAGAGCCAUAACUCCUUGCUCAUACAUAAGUUAUUUCCUGAGGAAGAUGAGUAAAAGUGAUCAAGAACCAUCCAACACAUUGAUAUCCAUAUCACUGCAAGUGAUAGCCAGCAAAGCCAAAGGUAUUGACUUUUUGGAGUUUAGACCUUCUGAAGUUGCUGCUGCAGUGGCACUUUAUGUUUCUGGAGAACUGCACACAGUACAGUUUGACGACUCUUCCUUCUCUCCUCUUUUCUCACCACUUCAAAAGGAGAGAGUGAAGAAGAUUGGGGGAAUGAUAGAGAGUGGUGGCUCAGGCUUAUGUUCACAAACACCCAGUGGGGUUUUAGAAGUAUCAGCUUCUUGUUUCAGCAUUAAGACUCACGCUUCUUCUUAUUAAGACUCAU